AUGGCUGGAGCCGAAGUAGUGCAUUACGCUGCACCGCAAUUCGAUUAUUUUCCUACGUCUAUCAAUAUAUCAGAAACAGCGACGUAUGGCGAUGUAAUAUGGAGUUGUAACGCAACAGAUGAAGAUGACCCUUCAACACCAGAAGGACAACUCAGAUUUGAAUUCUCCACUAGGGUAAAUCAGCCGAAAUGGUUUCUGGACAGCAGAAAUUGUGACAUGUAUGUUUUUACGGGAUUAAAUUAUGAAGGCCAGCAGACUUACGCAUUACGCAUUAUCGUAAAGGAUUUACAUCCAACCUCGCCACAAACAACAACAGGGACACUGACCAUACACAUCACUGAUGUUAAUGAUAAUACUCCGACAUGUGAGAGAUAUUAUCCAGUUAUAUUAGUAUCUGAAGAUGAACAAGUUGGCAGAGAGAUAACCAGAGUAGUCUGUACCGAUAAUGACAGAGACAUAUCUACGAAUGGAAAGGUUAUGUUCAAAGUGGCAGAUUCAAACAGUGAUGAAGUGAAGGAAACCUUUGAAGUCACUAAUAACAAUGGUUCUGUAAAUCUCAAGAAACAACUGGAUUAUGAGAGAGUGAAGUUUUAUGUAUUAACAAUAGAUGUUUAUGAUAAUGGUGGAUCAAAUUCUCUAACAACAAGUAUAACAUAUAAUAUACAAGUUAAAGAUAUAGAUGAUAAUAAACCAACCUGGUCAACCAACCCAUUGACUGUCUCCGUUUAUGAGUCAACUGCUCUAGGAACUGGGGUAUUUACUCUCACUGCUAUUGAUGCAGAUAAACCAUUGACAUCUGCCAGUACAAUAACAUAUGGUAUCAAAACACCAGCUGUACCUGAUUGGUUUGGUGUUGUCAGUCAGACAGGCUUGGUAUAUGUAAAGGGAAUUCUGAAUUGUAGAAUUGCUACGAGGUUACGAAUAGAAGUGUAUGCCUAUUCUUCUGAUAAAAUCAAUGAUAUAAGUGUUUUAGUGGUUGAUAUUAGAUUAACAGAUGAUAGUACCACAACAUUUCGACAAAUCGGUAAUGCAUCUUACUCCGGAGCUAGUUGUGUAAAUAAUGAUUUCGCGCCACAAUUUGCACACUUCCCUACAUCUAUAUAUGUACCAGAAACAGCAACGUUAGGUGAUAAUAUAUGGAGUUGUAACGCAACAUACGGAGGUUUACAAUCAAAAGCAGCUGAACAGUUUCGGUUUCGGCUUGCUGAACAAUAUGAUGACUGGUCCUUAGACAGCAAAUAUUGUGCAUUGUAUGUCAACACCAGAUUAGAUUAUGAAGCACGAACCAGUUACACGUUAAGAGUUACCGCUAAUGACAUUCAUUCAUCCACACCAACAACAACAACAGGGACACUGACCAUACACAUCACUGAUGUUAAUGAUAAUACUCCGGAAUGUUCUGAAACCUCAAGAGUUUUAUUCGUACCGGAAGAUACACCAAUCAAUGCACUGAUAGCCACGGCAGUGUGUACAGAUGCUGAUAGUUAUGGAGGAAUAUUUUUUAAUGUCUCAGAUUCAAACAGUGUUGAAGUGAAGGAAACCUUUGAAGUCAACAAGGACAAAGGUUCUGUACAUCUCAAGAAACAACUGGAUUAUGAGAGAGUGAAGUUUUAUGUAUUAACAAUAGAUGUUUAUGAUAAUGGUGGAUCAAAUUCUCUAACAAGUAUAACAUAUAAUAUACAAGUUAAAGAUAUAGAUGAUAAUAAACCAACCUGGCCAAUAAUCCAUUUAACUGUGUAUGUUCAAGAAUCAGCUGCUCUUGGAACUGGGGUGUUUACUCUCACUGCUAUUGAUGCAGAUAAACCAUUGACAGCUGCCAGUACAAUAACAUAUGGUAUCAAAACACCAGCUGUACCAGAUUGGUUCGGUAUCGACAGUCAGACAGGUACCCGCAAACCCAAUUUAAAUGGUUUGGGGUUUGUGAAAGGUCUUGGUUCAACUUUAGUUGUUGUUCUUAUCAUUAUACUGGUAGUAGUCUUUAUCUACAAGUACAGAAACAGGAAUAAUAGUGAGAGAAAACAAGAACGUAUUGCUGUAACAAAUAUUGGAACUGAUAUUGGAGUCGCACGGGCAUCAUCAGACGCUAGUUUUUGGUAUUUGGAUAGAAAGAACUGUGAUCUCUAUCUAAUUGGUGAACCUGAUUAUGAAAAGAUGAGGUCCUAUACUAUAACUAUUCAAGCUGUUGACACUGGAGCACCACCAUUAACUUCUGAUCCAGAGUCUAUGGUAAUUAGUUUCGCUGAUGUCAAUGACAAUUAUCCGGUAUGUCCUCAGUAUUAUAAAGUGUUUGUCCUCAGUAUUAUAAAGUGCAAGUUUAAUUAUUCUAGGUAUGUCCUCAGUAUUAUAAAGUAUAAGUUUAAAUAUUCUAGGUAUGUCCUCAGUAUUAUAAAGUGUAAGUUUAAUUAUUCUGUGUAUGUACUCAGUAUUAUAAAGUGUAAGUUUAAUUAUUCUAGGUAUGUACUCAGUAUCAUAAAGUAUAAGUUUAAUUAUUCUAGGUAUGUCCUCAGUAUUAUAAAGUGUAAGUUUAAUUAUUAUAGGUAUGUCCUCAGUAUUAUAAAGUGUAAGUUUAAUUAUCAUAGGUAUGUACUCAGUAUCAUAAAGUAUAAGUUUAAUUAUUCUAGGUAUGUUCUCAGUAUUAUAAAGUGUAUGUCCUCAGUAUUAUUAAGUGUAAGUUUAAUUAUUCUAGGUAUGUCCUCAGUAUUAUACAGUGUAAGUUUAAUUAUUCUAGAGGUUCAAGAACCCAGCGCCGUUGACCAACCAAACAUGGAUGAUGGGUUUGUGAUAGGGCUAGGUAUCGGAAUCGGUUCUAUCUUAGUUGUUGUUAGUAUCAUUGUACUGGUGCUCAUCGUUAUAUAUAAGUACAGAAACAGGAAUCAUAGUGAGAGAGGUCAAACUGAACGGACUUCGCAGAUGUAUGCUACAACGGAUAUGGGAGCCGUACAGGAAGAACCAAUAUAUGAAGAGUUAGUGGUACCUAAUGAAAAUAACGUGAACGACGCUUCAACGCAAACAGUCAAUGAUGAGGAACCUUACUCUGAUUAUGAUGUAAUACAACAAGAACUAUAA